AACUUCAGUCACGCUGUACGACAAUCAGCUGUUUCGUAAGCAUUCGUCAAGCAAUCGUAUCGUACUAUGACACAUUAUGCAACGCUGCUUCAAACAAACUGAGACACUUCAAGACGUUAGUGCUUAACGAGUAGCCAGUAGCAACAGAUUGAGAAUGCUACGCACAUCAUCAAUGAUUGCUGCUGCCGUCGCAGUCGGCGCAGCAACACCACAAAGCACACCGACAACUGAUCCGUUGGUUUGCAAACCCAGCGAUCUGCCCGUGUACGGUAGCUUGCGGCCAUCAAAGCCCAAAAGCCAUUCAGAGCGAGCCCAAUCAAAAAAUGCGCUUUACACGAAUCUGGAAAGCGGUGUGCGCACAGUGCGCUUGGAGCUGAAGAGCGGCUAUAACAUGGUUGCGGAACGCACAUCGGUGGUCUCGGACUAUUACCAGACGGCUAAGGAUCACACACAGCGUUCCAUAGACUUCCUGAACGAGCCACAGAACUCGAUGCAUCGCAGCGGUGCUAUUGUCAUGGGCGGCUUGGCGGGUUUCAUCUUCGCAGCACGUGGCGGCGUCUUUAAGAAAAUUGUGUAUACGACCAUUGGUGCUGGUACUGUCGCCUCCUUGUGCUAUCCACGACAGGCUGAGGAAAAUGCGCGCAUUGUGUUGUUCGAGGGUCGCAAGAUAUUCGCGGUAGCCUACAAUUUCAUCAAGGGCGUGAAGCCAGGAGAGGAGGUUCCCAUUGAGCCCAUCAAGAACUUCCCCACAUCUUUGCAGGAUCUGAAGUAUUUGGCGCUGGAUCUUGUCGAUGAGGCUAAGGAAUCACUCUUCCCCAAGAAGAAGUAAGCGAUAUACGAACGAAAAUGUGAAAAACGAGGAUACACGACUGAAACGGCCGUUGACAGAGCUACAAUUUCUAUGUUAUUCCUGAUCUUUAUAUAUACUACUUUCGCAUAGAGCUAUACAAACUCUGUAUUAUGUAUUUGGCGGGCUCUCUUUUGUUGCCUGCAAUAAAAGUCUAGUCGCGUAUCAAAAGUGAAAACG